AUGAGGCUUUCCGCAGAACUAGCAGUGCUUGCUUCGAGCUUGUGGAUCUUGAUUACAGCAGAGCAGGCGCCUACGGAUCACCAAUGUUCACCACUUCCAGGCAUCAAGGGCACCGUGACAACCUGUGGCAAGCCCCAACAGAUUGCUAUCAUCGACCUGGGACAAAGCAUACGAGCUGGAGCUGCGGGAGCCUCGGCGGCAUACCAUCUCACGCAAUUCGCCCAAGAUGCGAAUGUACCCCUAAAUAUCACGGUUUUCGAAAGGACAAACCGGAUUGGAGGCCGAACUCUUACUGUGAACGCCUAUGAUGACCCCGAACAUCCAGUAGAGCUCGGCGCUUCCAUUUUUAUCGAGCUCAAUCAUAUUUUGUAUAAUGCAGCCAACCACUUUAAUCUGUCUCUAAAGACACCUGGACCUGAAGAGGAUGAGUAUCUUGUCAUUUGGGACGGCAGUCGCUUCAGAUUUGAGACCAGGGACAGUCAAUGGAAUUGGUGGAAACUUGUCAAGCUUUUUUGGAAGUAUGGCCAGGCGCCAUACAAAGCCCAGAAGCUCAUGAAAGCAACUGUCGCGGAGUUCUUGAAGCUAUAUCAAGAACCUUACUUUCCGUUCCGAUCACUGACGACUACUGCAUAUGAGUUGGGACUCACCAAGAUAACGGGGCUGACAGGCAAACAGUACCUUGAUCAGAACAAUAUUGGCUCGUCCUUUUCCGAAGAUAUUAUCCAGGCGGCCACACGUGUCAACUAUGCCUCGAAUCUCGGGCGCAUUCAUGGGCUUGAUGCUAUGGUUUCGAUUGCUCCUGAUGGUGCUUCCCAAGUCACCGGGGGCAACUGGCAAAUAUUCGACCGCAUGCUCAAGGCAACAAAUGCCUCCUUGCACCUUAACACAAGCGUCACAUCGAUUGAGUUUGACAAGGCUGAUGACGACUCAAGCAUAUUGGGUUAUGUGCUCGAGACGAGUAAAGACGGCUCCGGCAGCAUUGCAAGGACUUCGCAGCGCUUCGACAAGGUUGUCAUAGCAACCCCUUAUCAGUUCAGUAGCAUCCAUACCGGCGAUGAGGUUCUGCAGCGGCCAAUCGACGAGAUACCUUAUGUAAAAUUGCAUGUCACUCUUUUUACAUCACCGCUUCGCCUGAGCCCCCGAUUCUUCAACUUGCCCGCUGAUGCCGAAGCCCCGACUACCGUGUUGACGACUCUUGGCGAGGGAGAUGACGCAUCUUCUGGCGCGGGGAAGGCUGGAUUUUUCAGCGUCAGCAACCAAAGAAGCAUCAUCAACCCAGCAACGGGCGCGACGGAGUAUAUUUAUAAGAUAUUCUCUCCGGAAAAAGUGACGAACGAAUUCAUGUCCUCACUUCUGGGCGUACAGGUUCCAGAAUCAGUCACCGCUCAGAGGACUGAAGAUGAAGCUAAAAGCUGGAAAGGCAUUGGGCCUGUUACAUGGUACUACCCUCACGUAUUCUACUCCUAUCCGCAAGCACUACCGCGUGUCACAUUCCAGGACCCGAUAGUGGGACCUGGCUUGUAUUACACGUCAGGAAUGGAAAGUUUCAUUUCUACAAUGGAAACGAAUGCUUUGAUGGGCAAAAAUGUCGCAAGGCUUGUCAUAGACAGUGUGCUUGGGCAUAAGGCAGAUGUUCAAAAAGACAAGGAGUGGGUCGCUAUGGGAGAGCUCUGGACAUCCCAGCACGACAAAGAACCUCGCAACAAAAUACAGGCAAGCCAAUUUGCCCCGCAGCGCAACAUUUUGACUGUAAACAAAACAAAACAAAACACUGUUUACCUGCCAACUUUCCCAGCCAAGAUAAAGAAGAUGUUUUUGGUGCGCAAUGCCGCCAAGCUUAUCUUCGGCUCUGGGAGUCAAGAGUCCCUAAUCGAACUCCCCCAGGGCCAACUCUACCUCGUCCGACCGCUUUCUCCUAAAGGCUAUUCUGAGCUGAUCUUCAAGGACGCUGCCGCCUCGAUACGCCGAACCGCACAAGACUUUCAGUACCAGCUCGUUGUCCAGCGAUUCUACGAGGAAGGAGAAGCCGAACUUCUUAACGAGGGCGACGAGGAGGAAACCGCAGAGGACGCCCUGUCAUCAGAGCGAGACGAAAAGACGUUCCUGCUCGACGAGGCCCUGCACCUGAGGGUUGAGAACCGUGAGGGUUCAUCAGAACGUGUGAUUUGCUGGCGCGAUCUUAGCGGCGACGCCGGUGACGUCUACGAGUUUGUCUGCGAUAGCUCGGCUGCAACCUCGGCCGCAAAGGUUGACGACUUUGUGCGUAUCGCCCGCCAGUGCCAGUACGAGCGGAAAUACCGCAAGCCGCAUACUACAGCUUCCGAAGCCGACCUUGAAAGCUUCGAUUUUGACGAACAGCUCAUUCCGCCCGCCAGCCCGAUUCACAGCCCUUCCAUCAGUCGAACUCUCGAGUCUAACGAAUCCAUGUUCUCCACCAUCGCCAACACGCCAAACAAGGCGGUAAAACGGGCACCGAAGCCUGAGCCUGAGCCCGAGCUUGAACUUGAAUCUGAAGGCGAGGCUGCACCUUUGGAAACCGAGGUGACACCAACGAAGCCGAGCAGGGGAAAGGUCCGGGAGAUUGGUCCACCGCCCGCAGCCGCGCCUCCGGAGGCCACUGAGAUCUUGGCCGCCGAGUUGGGCGAGCUUCACUUCUUUGACUUCCCGUCUGGCGCGUUCGUUUUGCAAGCUUCUUCCGUCACAGCAACCGUCUCCGAGGUUGGAAAGUGGGAGUAUUGGCUGCAGAUUUCGAGCUCAGAAAAGGACUUUGUUGGAUUGCCCGUGGUUGCAGACAUCAACCCAGUCUUUAACUUUGAGUUCCUGUCAUUCAUCUUCAAUCACUUCUCUGACCAUGGAGCUGUCUCCUGGCUCGUCAGGUUCAAGGACCAGGAGACACUUGAGCGUUUCCAAGAAGGUCUGAUGCGCGCCCUCUGGGAACAGCUGAAUGAGAUCAAGUGGGAAAAGAUCAAGGAAAAGGAGCGUGACUAUGUCACUGAAGCCUUUGCAGACUUGGCCAUGGAGGACUCUCCCGAAGCGCAGCUGCUUGAGGAAGAAGAUGAGGACGGGGAGGAGGAAGAAGAAGAGGACACCGACGACGGAGCCAGGAGUGAACACUACGAUAGUGACGAGGAGGACGAUGAUGUCGAGACAGGUACCAAAGGCGGUGCCAAAAACAAAGCUUUGGCCGUGGGCUAUAAGCAUGACAGGUCAUUCGUGGUCCGGGGCUCGCAAAUCGGCGUCUUCAAGCACACUGCCAACAACAAGCUGGAAUUCAGCACAAACAUCUCCAAGGUCGAGACGCCCAAGGGAGCUCUCUUCAGCCCGAAGAAGGUUAUGUUACACAACGAGGAUCGUAACAUGAUUCUGCAGAACGACACGGACCCUAACAAAUUAUAUCGCAUGGACCUGGAGUACGGCAAGGUAGUCGACGAGUGGAACGUUCACGAGGAUAUUCCCGUUGUGACGUUUGCACCCGAGAACAAAUUCGCACAGAUGACCCACGAGCCGACAUUCUUGGGUAUCUCGCGCAAUGCGCUGUACCGUAUCGACCCCCGUCUAUCCGGCACAAAACUUGUCGACAGCCAACUGAAGCAGUACGUAUCCAAGAACGACUUCUCUUCAAUCGCCACCACGGAGAAGGGUCACAUUGCUGUUGCAUCCAACAAGGGUGACAUCAGACUGUUUGACCGCCUCGGCAUCAACGCAAAGACUCACAUCCCCGCCCUCGGAGAGCCCAUCCUCGGCCUGGAUGUAUCGGCAGAUGGUCGUUGGGUCCUGGGAACAUGCCGUACGUACCUCUUGCUUAUCGAUGCGCUCCAAAAGGAUGGCAAAAACGAGGGCAAGCUCGGCUUCGAGAAGAGCUUCGCAGCAGACUCAAAGCCGCAGCCGCGCCGCCUGGCCCUGACCCCAGAGCACGUAGCGCAGUUUGCCUACGAAACCGGCAAGGGCGUUUCGUUCACGCCGGCGCGCUUCAACACGGGAUCCGGCCAGGAGGAGACGCAGAUCAUCACAGCCACAGGGCCGUACGUGGUCGAGUGGAGUCUCCGCAAGGUACUGGCAGGAAACAAGGCGGCGUACAAGAUCAAGCGGUACUCGGACGAGGUCAUGGCCGACGACUUCAAGUUUGGCAGCGACAAGAACAUUAUCAUGGCGCUGCCGCACGAGGUCAACAUGGUGGACAACAAGACGCUCAAGAAGCCGACGCGGCAGAGCAUUGCGGGAGGCGCGCUCAUCGGCGGUGGGAGACGCUCGUCGGCGAGGAUUGGCAACAGGGACAGCGGCAGGUAUAAGCUGGGCAAGGAUGACGUUGUCGACUCACCUUACUGA